GAAUGGAGAAAAUAAAUUUCUCGGGAGGAGAACCGUUUCUUCAGGAUAGAGGCGAAUUCGUAGGCAAACUGGUCCAGUUUUGCAAGCAGGAGUUGAAGCUACCAAGCGUCAGCAUUGUUAGCAACGGCAGCCUGAUUAGAGAACGGUGGUUCAAGAAGUACGGUGAAUAUUUAGACAUCCUGGCAAUCUCAUGUGAUAGUUUUGAUGAGGAUGUCAAUGUUUUGAUUGGCCGUGGUCAAGGAAAGAAGAACCAUGUGGAAAAUCUGCAUAAACUGAGACAGUGGUGCCGAGAGUACGCUGUUGCUUUCAAAAUAAAUUCAGUGAUCAACAGAUUUAAUGUUGAAGAAGAUAUGAAUGAGCAGAUCAAGGCACUCAACCCUGUGCGCUGGAAGGUAUUCCAGUGCCUGCUCAUUGAAGGGGAGAACAGUGGUGAGGACGCCCUGAGAGAAGCAGAGAAAUUUAUUAUCAGUGAUGAAGAGUUUGAACAAUUCCUGGAUCGCCACAAAGAUGUCUCCUGUUUGGUACCUGAAUCUAAUCAGAAGAUGAGGGAUUCAUACCUCAUUCUGGAUGAAUAUAUGCGUUUCCUAAACUGUAGAAAUGGACGGAAGGAGCCUUCCAAGUCUAUCCUAGAUGUUGGUGUAGAAGAAGCUAUAAAAUUUAGUGGAUUUGAUGAGAAGAUGUUCCUAAAAAGAGGAGGAAAGUAUGUGUGGAGUAAAGCAGACAUGCAACUGGACUGGUAG